CAUUUUGUACUCAUUUCAAACUCAGUGUGGGUUAACGCAGCCGCUGCGCGCCGUGGAUACGCUGACACUAUGGAUACCGAGCGUCUUUUCCCACUUUAAAACUUCGCGAUGAGGGAUAAAACUAAGACGCGCUGCUGGGAGAGGGAGAGUUAAUGCUUUUGCGAAGGACUUUCGGUGAAGUUGAAUGGGAUUCGGCAGGUUUACAAGCAUGGAGCGACCGAUGUGUUGGAUUUGGGUUUGUGUCCUGUUCACAGUGCCGCUUGCGGGAUGUUUGGAGAUGCACCUUUCGGAGACUUUACAACCCGGGAGCGUUCUGGCCAACCUGUCUCUCGGACCUGGGUGGACGUACAAACUUGACAGAACUUUAUCCCCCGGAUUCAUCCAGAGCUUUUUCCAAGUUGAUGAGCGCGGAGGGGUGAUCACUCUGUCCCGCAGAGUUGACUGCGCGCACGCACGGAGGAACCCGGCGCCUGUUUAUUUCAGAACAGGUUCCUCGUUGUCCGGGGACGUUAUUCUGACGCACUUUAAUGUGUUUGUCCACGGCCAGGACUGUUUCAUUAAGUACAAGAGAAAGAAAGCGUCGGGGGUGGCAGACAUUGACAUUAAACACCUCACAAAACUGGAUACAUCUUCCUGCUUACCUGCAGGUAAAUUGCUUUUGAAUGUAACAGAACUUUUGCCUCCCCUUACGCGGAACGUUGCCUUUUUGGACACGGAAUGUCUCGGGAAAGACCUUGCUGCAGUGUUCAGGCACGGGGAUUUAUUCCUGGCCAAACACUCAUGUCUCCAGCAGCACAGGGGACAGCCCGAGGUGAUUAUGCACUGCGCGUUGCACAGCUCUCCAGGCAGCCAGCCCUCUGUGCGGCUGAGUUUGACGCUGGUGAGAGCGUCUACACACCACGAGUCCACAUCAGAGACCCCCAUGAGAAACUCUGGCACGUUGAUGCGCAGAGGGAAACGACAGGCAAACGCAGCCCCUCAGUUCCAGCUCCCCAACUACCAGGUGUCCGUGCCGGAGAACGAGCCGUCAGGCACGCGGGUUAUCACCCUAAAAGCCACUGACCCAGAUGAAGGAGAGGGAGGCAGGCUGGAGUACAGCAUGGAAGCCUUGUUUGACAGGAGGUCUGAUGACUUUUUCAGCAUCGACUCUCAGACUGGAACCAUAUCAACUGUCCAGGCGCUAGACAGAGAAGUGAAAGACACCCAUCUUUUCAAAGUUACUGUAACUGACAAUGGCACUCCGAAGAAAUCUGCUGCUUCUUACCUCACUGUCACUGUGAGUGACACCAAUGACCACAGCCCGGUGUUUGAGAAAAACGAAUACCGUGUUAAAAUCCGGGAGAAUGUAGAAGUGGGCUAUGAGGUGAUGACAAUCCGGGCCACUGAUGGUGACGCCCCCUCCAAUGCCAACAUGAUCUAUAAAAUUGUGAACGACGAACGUGCUAAUUCUGUGUUUGAGAUCGACCCCAGGAACGGAUUGGUGCGGAUCAGAGAGCGGCCUGACAGGGAGACCCAGGCCCAGUACCAGCUCCUAGUUGAGGCCAACGAUCAGGGCAAAGACCCGGGCCCCCGCAGCGCCACCGCUACUGUUAAUAUCUCUGUGGAGGAUGAAAACGACAACGUCCCACAGUUCAGUAAAAAGAGGUAUGUCGUUAAGAUCCCGGAAAAUGUGGCAGUCAGUACAAAAGUCAUCCAGGUGGAAGCGACAGACAGAGAUGAGGGAAACAAUGCCAAAGUUCACUACAGCAUCAUCAGUGGCAAUGUUAAAGGACAGUUCUACAUUCACUCCCCCACUGGUGUGAUUGAUGUCAUCAAUCCACUGGACUAUGAAAUGUUCCGGGAGUAUAAUUUGAGAAUUAAGGCACAGGACGGUGGCAGACCUCCGCUCAUAAAUGGCACAGGGAUGGUGGUGGUGCAAGUGUUGGACAUCAACGACAAUGCACCCAUGUUUGUCAGCACGCCUUUCCAGGCCACCGUGUUGGAAAAUGUUGCCAUCGGUUACUCUGUGAUCCACAUUCAAGCCAUUGAUGGUGAUUCAGGAGAAAACGCCCGUCUGGAAUACCGACUUACUGGCACCACCCCUGGAUUUCCAUUUACCAUCAACAAUGGCACAGGCUGGGUUACAGUGAAUGAAGAACUGGACAGAGAAACCACCGACUUCUACACGUUUGGUGUGGAGGCAAGAGAUCAUGGAGUACCUGUGAUGUCCUCUUCCGCCAGCGUCAGCAUCACAGUGCUGGAUGUGAACGACAACGUGCCCACAUUCACAGAGAAGACCUACUCGCUUAAGAUCAAUGAAGAUGCUGUUGUGGGGACCAGCGUGCUGACAGUCACGGCUGUAGAUAGAGACAUCAACAGUGUGGUGACAUAUCAGAUCUCCAGUGGGAACACCAGGAACCGCUUUGCCAUCACUAGCCAGAGUGGCGGCGGCCUCAUCACCUUAGCCUUUCCCUUGGACUACAAGCAGGAACGCCAGUAUGUGCUGACAGUUACUGCCAGCGAUGGAACGCGCUACGACACCGCUCAGGUGUUCAUCAAUGUCACGGAUGCCAACACCCAUCGGCCCAUCAUCCAGAACGCAAACCACCGGGUAAUGCUGACUGAAGGAAAACCAGUGGGCUCCGUUGUAGUGGUGAUCACUGCGACAGAUGAGGACACGGGAGAAAAUGCUCGCAUCACGUACAUAAUGGAGGACAAUGUUCCCCAGUUUAAAAUUGACCCGGAUACUGGAGUCAUCACAACACAAAUGGAGAUCGACUAUGAAGACCAGGCCUCCUACACGUUAGCCAUCAUUGCCAGAGACAACGGAAUCCCUCAGAAGUCUGAUACCACUUAUGUGGACAUUGCCAUCGAGGAUGCAAAUGAUAAUGCUCCUCAGUUCUCCAGAGACAUGUACCAAGGGACUGUAUUUGAAGAUGCACCUGUCUACACGAGCGUACUUUAUAUUUCUGCUUCAGAUAGGGAUUUUGGCUCCAACGGCAGGGUAAGCUACACAUUUCAAGGUGGCGAUGAUGGCGAUGGAGACUUUUAUAUUGAGCCAUACUCUGGUAUCAUCAGAACUGCUCGAAAACUGGACCGGGAGAACGUUGCUGUUUAUAAUCUGAAAGCCUUCGCUGUGGAUAAAGGAGUUCCGCCUUUGAAAGCAGGUGUUUCUGUUCAGAUUGUAGUCCAGGACAUAAAUGACAAUGCUCCAGUGUUUAAGGAGGAUGAGCUUUAUAUCGAGGUGUUGGAGAACAGCCCGGUCGGGUCCGUCGUUGCCCAGAUCACUGCCACCGAUCCCGAUGAGGGCACCAAUGCUCAGAUCAUGUACCAGAUUGUGGAAGGGAAUAUACCAGAGGUUUUCCAGCUGGACAUCUUUAAUGGCGACCUCACUGCACUCACAGACCUGGAUUAUGAAGCCAAAACCGAGUAUGUCAUAGUGGUCCAGGCCACAUCAGCUCCACUAGUAAGCCGGGCCACCGUCCACAUCCGCCUGAAAGACGUGAAUGACAACGAACCGGUGUUGCAGGACUUUGAGAUUAUAUUUAAUAACUACGUCACCAACAAGUCCAACAGUUUUCCAUCUGGAAUAAUAGGAAAGGUACCAGCUCACGACCCGGAUGUUAUGGAUAAGCUACGGUACAAGUUUGAAUCUGGAAAUGAACUAAAUCUUCUGCUGCUGAAUGAAAACACCGGGGAUUUGAGGUUGAGCAGGGACCUGGAUAACGACAGAGCACUGGAAGCACCCAUGACCAUCUCUGUCUCAGAUGGCAUUCAUCGCGUCGUUGCCCUCUGCACUCUGCGCGUCACCAUCAUCACCGACGACAUGUUGACCAACAGCAUCACGGUGCGUCUGGAGAACAUGUCCCAGGAGCGCUUCCUUUCUCCCCUGCUCAGCCUCUUCCUUGAGGGUGUGGCGGCCGUGCUCUCCACCAAGCGUGAAGCCGUGUUUGUGUUCAACAUCCAAAAUGACACGGACGUCCAAGGCUCCAUCCUCAAUGUGACCUUCUCGGCGCUGCAGCCCGGUGGUACCGCCGGCAAGGGGACGUUCUUCCCCUCUGAGGACCUGCAGGAGCAGAUCUACCUCAACAGGACCCUGCUCAGGCUCAUAUCCUCUCAGGAGGUGUUGCCAUUUGACGAUAACAUCUGCUUGCGGGAGCCAUGUGAGAACUAUAUGAAGUGCGUGUCGGUGCUGAAGUUCGACAGCUCCCCUCCCUUCAUCGCCUCCGACACGGUUCUGUUCCGGCCCAUCCACCCCAUCAACGGGCUGCGCUGCCGCUGUCCGGUCGGCUUCACCGGGGACUACUGCGAGACUGAGAUCGACCUCUGCUAUUCAGGGCCGUGCAAGAACAAUGGCAGGUGCCGCAGCCGGGAAGGAGGAUACACCUGCGAGUGCCUGGAAGACUUCACCGGCGAGCACUGUGAGCUGAAUGCAUCAUCGGGCCGCUGUGUACCCGGUGUGUGUAAGAAUGGUGGCAAGUGUGUCAACCGGCUGGCGGGUGGUUUCAUGUGCCAGUGUCCGCCAGGGGAGUACGAGAAGCCCUACUGUGAGAUGACCACCCGCAGCUUCCCUGGACAGUCCUUCAUCACGUUCAGAGGUCUGCGGCAGAGGUUCCACUUCACUGUUUCCUUCAUGUUCGCCACGAGGGAAAGAAACGCUCUGCUGCUCUACAAUGGCAGGUUCAACGAGAAACAUGACUUCAUCGCCCUGGAGAUCAUCGAUGAACAGAUUCAGCUCACCUUCUCUGGAGGCGAGACGAAGACCACGGUGUCGCCCUACAUCCCGGACGGGGUCAGUGAUGGCCAGUGGCACUCCGUCCAGCUUCAUUACUACAACAAGGAAGGGGGGAGUCUGAUGGACUCCAGUGGGGCUCUGCGCCUCCCGCUCUAUACCACCUGGCUGGAGCUCAAUCAGAAGGAGCCUAACAUCGGGCGGCUAGGGAUCCCUCACGGACCCUCCAGUGAGAAGGUGGCCAUGGUCGCCGUGGACGACUGCGACAUCUCCAUGGCGAUCCGCUUCGGGAAGCAGAUUGGCAACUACUCCUGCGCUGCGCAGGGCACCCAGACCGGACAGAAGAAGUCCCUUGACUUGACAGGGCCGUUGUUGCUCGGUGGAGUUCCCAACCUGCCCGAAGACUUCCCGGUCAGGAACCGAGACUUCGUGGGCUGCAUGAGGAACUUGAGCAUCGACAGCAGACCCAUCGACAUGGCCAGCUACAUCGCUAACAACGGCACCACAGAAGGUUGCCCUGCAAAGAAAAACUUUUGCACCAGUGAUGUGUGCCAGAACGGAGGGGUGUGCGUCAACAAGUGGAACACCUACAGCUGCGACUGUCCGACCAAAUACGGUGGCAAACACUGUGAGCAAGUGAUACCAUCUACUCACUUCUUCGACGGCCAGGCGCUUGUGUCCUGGAGCGAGCCCGACAUCACCGUCGCUGUUCCCUGGUACAUAGGCCUCAUGUUCCGCACCAGGCAGCCUGCCGGCACUCUGAUGCAGGCCAAUGCCGGAUCCUCCUCCACCAUCAACCUCAUGGUCAUUCAACAACAGGUCCGUAUGGAAGUGUUGCUGAGGCAGCAGUUGAUGGCGUCGCUGAGCUUCCCCCAAGUUCGUGUCAAUGAUGGAGAGUGGCAUCACUUGCUGGUGGAGCUGAGAAGCGUAAAGGAUGGAAAGGACAUCAAAUACAUGGCCUCUGUGUCCCUGGACUAUGGCAUGUACCAGAAGUCGAUAGAGAUUGGUAAUAACCUCCCAGGUCUGAAGGUGAGGACUCUUCAUGUUGGAGGUUUGCCUGGAGAUGGAAACCAAGUCAGCAGAGGAUUCGUUGGCUGCAUACAGGGCGUGCAUAUGGGCGAGACAUCCACCAACCUGGCCAACGUCAACAUGGAUCAGGGCCUGAAGAUCCGCGUGGAAAGCGGCUGCAACCUGGCCAACCCGUGCAACUCCAAAACCUGCCCCGAGAACAGCCACUGCAGCAACGACUGGAGCGCACACACCUGUGUCUGCAAACCAGGUUUCUUUGGUAAGCAGUGUGUGGACGCUUGUCAGCUCAACCCGUGUGAGCACGUUUCCACAUGUGUCCGCAAACCGAGCUCCUCCCAUGGCUACACCUGCGAAUGUGGACAAAAUUACUACGGCCAGUACUGUGAAAACAAAGUGGAGAAGCCGUGUCCUCAAGGCUGGUGGGGCAGUCCCGUGUGUGGACCCUGUAACUGUGAUACAAGCAGGGGAUUUCAUAAAGACUGCAACAAGACCACCGGAGAGUGCCGCUGCAAGGACAACCACUAUCGUCCAGAGGGUGAGGACACCUGCUACCCCUGCGAGUGUUUCUCCGUCGGCUCUGACUCUCGGACCUGCGAUCCCGUCACUGGGCAGUGCCCCUGCAAAGGGGGAGUCAUUGGGCGUCAGUGCAAUCGCUGCGAUAACCCCUUCGCUGAAGUCACUCCCCUGGGAUGCGAGGUGGUGUACGAUGUCUGUCCCAAGGCAUUUGACGCAGGCAUCUGGUGGCCAAAGACCAAAUUUGGACGCCCUGCCGCCAUGAACUGUCCCAAGGGAUCCAUCGGUACGGCAAUCCGCCACUGUAGUGACGAGAAGGGCUGGUUGUCGCCUGAGCUCUUCAACUGCACCACCGUCACCUUCUCACAUCUGAAGAAAAUGAACGAGGAAUUGCGUCGCAACAGUUCGCGGAUGGACAGCGAGCGCUCCAAGGCCAUCGUGCGCAUGCUCCAGGGCGCCACCAGCAACACGCAGAACUACUACGGCAACGACGUGAAGACGGCCGCCCAGCUGCUGAACCACGUGCUGCAGUACGAGAGCCAGCAGACGGGGUUCGACCUCACUGCCAUGAAGGACGCAGAUUUCAAUGAGAACUUGGUGAGAGCAGGAAGCGCCAUACUGGAUCCUGACACCAAGGACCACUGGGACCAAAUCCAGAGGACAGAAGGCGGCACGGCGCAUCUGCUGCGCAACUUUGAGGACUACGCCAACACGCUGGCUCAGAACGUCAGGAAGACCUACCUGAAGCCCUUCACCAUCGUCACCGAAAACAUGAUCUUAACUGUGGACUACUUGGACAUGUCGGACCCAGAGAAGGCAACGUUCCCUCGGUUCAAGGACAUCCAGGAGACCUACCCGAAAGAGUUGGGCUCUUCUGUCCACUUCCCACAGUUUAACUUGCGCCCUCAGAGCCCAAAAGGAGAACCCACUCCUGCCCCUCCAUCGCCGACCGACCGCCCCGCGGAGGAGGAGGAGGAGCACACGGUGCCUGACAGGAGACGCCGCCACCUCGAGCCCGCUGCCCCUCUGCCAGUCGCCGUGGUGAUAGUGUACAAGUCGCUGGGAAGGCUCCUUCCGGAAAGAUACGACCCCGACCGCAGGAGUCUGAGGCUUCCUAACCGUCCAGUCAUCAACACAGCCGUAGUGAGCGCCACCGUCCACAGUGAGGGUCCCCCUCUUCCUCCCGUCCUGGACCCUCCCAUCACCUUGGAGUACACCAUGCUGGAGACGGAGGAGCGAACCAAGCCUGUCUGUGUGUUCUGGGACCACUCCAUCACAAUUGGCGGCACUGGCGGCUGGUCCUCUAAAGGCUGCGAGGUCCUCAACAGAAACAACAGCCACAUCAGCUGUCAGUGUAACCACAUGACCAGCUUCGCCGUGCUGAUGGACAUUUCCAAGAGAGAGCACGGUGACGUCCUCCCGCUGAAGAUCGUCACGUACACGACGGUGUCGGUCUCCCUGUUCCUCCUCCUCGUCACCUUCAUCCUGUUGUGCCUCUUGCAUCGGCUCCGCUCCAACCUCCUCGCCAUCCACAGGAACCUGGUGGCAGCGCUCUUCUUCUCCGAGCUGGUCUUCCUGCUUGGCAUCAAUCAGACCGACAACGUGUUUGUGUGCACGGUGAUUGCCAUCCUCCUCCACUACUUCUACAUGUGCACCUUCGCCUGGAUGUUCGUGGAGGGCCUGCACAUCUACCGCAUGCUGACGGAGAUGCGAAACAUCAACCACAGCCACAUGAGGUUCUACUACGCCAUGGGCUGGGGCAUACCGGCUAUCAUUACCGGUUUGGCAGUAGGCCUUGAUCCUCAAGGUUACGGAAACCCAGACUUCUGCUGGCUCUCCGUCCACGACACACUCAUCUGGAGCUUCGCCGGACCCAUCUUUGUAGUCGUCCUGGUCAACAUAGUGAUCUUCAUUCUUGCUGCGAAGGCUUCUUGUGGUCGCAGGCAGAAGGCUGUAGAGAAGUCAGGAGCUGUUCCUGCGCUACGUAUGGCCUUCCUUCUCCUGCUGCUCAUCAGCGCCACCUGGCUCCUCGGCCUACUGGCGGUCAACAGCAACGUGAUGACUUUCCACUACCUGUUUGCUGUCUUCAGCUGUCUGCAGGGAGUCUUCAUUUUCUUCUUCCACAUCGUCUUCAACAAAGAGGUGAGGAAGAAUCUCAAGAACGUCUUCUCAGGAAAGAAGAACAUACAAGACGAGUCGAGCACCACGAGAGCCUCUUUGCUCACACGCUCUCUCAACUGCAACAACACGUACACAGAGGAGGGUCCGCUGUACCGCUCGGGCAUCGGCGAGUCCACCGUGUCCCUGGACAGUACGCUCAGGUCAGCCAAGAGCCGCAGCAGCUACCUGGCUUACACACUCAGGGAGGAGUCCGGUCAGAAGCCCAGUGUCUCUUCAGGGACAGCUAAAGGACACACAGAUCUGGACGGACCCCUGUUCCACCGCAAUGGCACCAAAGGAGACGACUCUGACUCUGACAGCGAGCUAUCGGUGGAUGAACACAGCUCCUCCUACGCCUCCUCCCACUCCUCAGACAGCGAGGACGACGACAUUGAUGUCAAGCCAAAGUGGAACAACGAGAGGCCCCUUCACAGCACCCCUAAAGGUGAUUCAGUAUCCAAUCACGUGAAGCCUUACUGGCCGACAGACCCCACCACGGCCAGCGACAGCGAGGACCCGGGCGGCGCAGAGAGGCUCAGGGUGGAGACCAAGGUGAACGUGGAGCUGCACUCGGAGAAUAAACUCAACCACAUUGGUGAACGAGAGAAGGAGGCUCCACAGGAGAGAGACCGACAGAUGCCUGGUAAUGCUAGAGAGACCGCACCUGGCAGUCAACCCAACAGCAACCACCAACCCGAGCAGAGAAAAGGUAUCUUAAAGAACAAGAUCAGCUACCCUCCUCCACUUAACGACAAGAACAUGAAGAACCGCCUGAGGGAGAAGCUGAGCGACUACAACUCCCCCACUAUCACUUCCCCUCCACCCAACAACAACAACACAUCCUCUCCGCCUCCCCCCUCCGUCAACAUCAUGACCCCAUCUUCCCGACAUUCUUCGGUGGCCUCCAACGACGGAGGCCACAACGGCACCCACGACGGCAGCGCCAUCAUCAAGCCGCCCGUUGCCCCGCGACCCCAGAUUGUUCCCGGAAAUUCGGCACCGAGCAUCUACCGGGAGACCAACGGGGGAGUGGCCAUGCACUUGAAGUCAGGGACGGUCAAUGGAGGCAACGAAUCUGACUCAGAUGGCAGUAACGAGACUUCGAUCUGACCUAUUAGGAAAACCCAGACCAGCUUGCCCCUGUGAGAGGAGGAGCCCAAGACCACGCCGGGGGGAGGAGGAAAGAAGGAGAUUAAGAGCAGAGGAAUAAAAUGGUCGAAAGUUGAAGAUGGAGGCGGGCGCUGAAGAUUAGGCGAGGAGAACCACGCCUGAUCUGUCCUCUCACGUUUCCUCUCUCUGGAGAGCAGUAUUAAUUGCAGACGUUAGGACUGCCUGGAAAUAAGCGUAAGAGAUAAUAGAAAGACAUGAGAAGCUAUAAAGGGAAUGCUGUGUUGGACUGCGACAUGAAAUGAUGCAGUGGAGCCAUGUGUGCCAAAACCACUACAGGAAAAAAAGAGGCAGAAGAUGAAGAAUGCCCCCAGAAUGCAUCGCAAGCCUUACAAUGACGCUCCUCGCUGGUGGUUCUGAAUCCUGUUGGGGUUCAUGACGUCGUGUUUCAUGUAGGAAAGCCUGGGCAGCUUCUCUUUCACAGAGCAUGGACUUAAGCUCUUAAGUUAAGUCCAACAGGAUUUCAAGGACAACCUGUCCUCAGUGACUUUUGAACACUUCAUUAAAACUGGACACCAAUCGCUCUUCUCGUCUUGGUUUAUUAACUUUAAAGGAAGGCUUUCUACGGCCUCUCAGUGCAGUGUAUUUAGAGUGUAAUUAACAUGUAGAUAAUUCUAAAGGCAAAGAAGAAGAAAGAAUGAUAUAUUUUGUAUUUCAGCUGUAGCAAGUUUCUAAACUAAAAAUAAUAUGCCUGCCUGGGAACACAGUUGGGAAAGUAGCUCCACGUGCUGGUUAACAGAGAUCACUAUUCUACGUGCCUCGUCCCAGACCGAGGCCUUACACGCUAAAAACACACUCUGGCAGUAAAUUAAAAAUAAGAAAGCUGCACGUGAGUUCUCAUAGAACAGUACGGCCUUAAUGAACAUUGAUUAGGUGGAACAGAGGAGGGAUUUCUCUGUUCCUCUGUUGGAGCACUAUGAACUAGAAGCCUUCGUUUCCAGUGUCCGUCCUGCCCGUGUGUCCAACGCAUCGCCCUCCUGGUAACCAAAGUCAUCACACAAAGUAAAUCAGCAGUGUGGUCAGUUCAGCUGAAAGCUGUUAUAUUCCAAUUUCUUUGAGUCAAAAGAAGAAGUCAAAUUGACACCAACGUAUUUACAGCUAAGACAACUUUACAAUGUACAGUUUACCAGUUUACCACCUGAAUGCCUUUACACACUGCGCACCCCCAGUGUUUUGCCCUCAUGUAAUCAAUACUGUUCAUAAAUGUCCUUGUUUUUUUUUUUCUUUUUUGUAUGAUCCGAAACACUGGAACUGUUUUGUAACAUAAUGUAUAUUUAUUUUUUAUGGUUUUGAGACACUGGAAAGAAUAAAUGAUUGUGACUGUAAAAUAAUAAAAAAAAAGAUGAAUUUUUAA